CUAUUUCUUGAGUUGAAACGGAAAAUAGAUCAGUAAGGUGGUGGCCCAGUUCUUGAUAGACAGUAGUCGGCGAGUUUCCUUCCUCGAUCUAUCUGUCGUCUACUUCGUCUGAAUCCAGUGACUAGCCAAACCACCACAGAAUGGCAUCCAAUAGGGGUCAGGGUGGAAUUCAGCAGCUGUUGGCUGCAGAACAAGAAGCUCAACGGAUCGUAAAUGCUGCCAGAAACGAAAAAAUGGCAAGGCUGAAACAAGCCAAAGAAGAGGCUGAAAAAGAAAUUGCUGAAUAUCGAGCUCAGGUGGAGUAUGAAUUCCAAAAGAAAUUGGCAGAGAGUAGUGGAGAUUCCGGUGCUAAUGUGAAGCGGCUUGAGGUGGAGACUGAAGCUAAGAUCCAGCACCUUAAAACAGAAGCAUCAAGAAUAUCAGAAGAUGUUGUCGCCAUGCUCCUCAAGCAUGUGACAAGUGUGAAAAAUUAGAGCCUUUGAUGAUAUAUUGGAGCAGAGAACUACUGAAUAAUGUUACUUCUGGUCGUGAGUUUAUGUUUUUCUUGCACUGAUUGGUACGAAUAAGGUUCUUGUUUUGGUUAUUUGGUGCCCUGCUGCUGCAUUUCGGAUAUUUAUCUAGACAGUUCAGAAAACAGAGGUAUGCCUAUUUGUAUCAGUGUUAGAAGAUCAUUUUGCUAUGGUCAAAUACGUACGGGAAGCAGGUUUAUUCUUUUGUAAACAUACCGACACUAAUUUUAUUCUGCUCUUUCAA